AUGGGUCGCGCGAUCGAACGUCGCUGUCGCCCCUUCGGUCUCAAAACCAUUCACAAAAACCGGAACCCCCUUUCAGCAGUUGAGGCCGAAGCACCUGAAUAUGUUCCAUUUGAUGAACUUCUAUCGAAAAGUGACUUCAUAAGCGCCAGUGAACCCCUGAAUGCGAAGACGAAGCAUUUAGUCGGGACUGUAGAAAUUGCGAAAAUGAAGCCCAGUGUUGUGAUUAUUAAUACUGCACGGGGUGCUGUCAAGGAUGAGGCUGCCAAGACCGACGCAUUGGAGGAAGGCCAUAUUACUACUGUGGGCUUAGAUGUCUUCGAAGGAGAGCCCAAAAUCAAUGUGAAGCUCCUGAAGCAGGAACUGGCAUUCAUGGUGUCGCAUAUUGGUACACAUACUGUUGAAACUUUGGCAAAAAUGUAG